AUGACGAAAAUCGGUGGAUGCUUACUUGUCGCUACCUUUGUCUCGUUGCUGUGUUCCAGUUCGGCUCAGCUGCCAGGGCAUUCGGUAGGAGAUGAGGUUUGUGUUGCAGGAUACGUGAUGGACAACUUUUGCAUUGCGAGAGGAACUCUUUUGGACAAUCCUACCAUUGAGACGCUCCGCAAUCCAGAAGCACAUUCUGUGCAUUGUCUGGUGGAUGUCCCUCCCUGCUACAGAUCACCUUGGAAUAUCUUGGUCCCUCCAAGUGGGGACUCUGAGAUGUAUUCGAGGGGAUAUUACAUGACAGAUAAUGAAUUGCUUCUGGAGAGUGCCAGAGCCGCCGGACAACGGUGCUCCACGUGUGACGAAGGUGGAACCAUUCUAUCUGCGUUGCGGCUUCAGGUGAUUGGGAUUGUGCAACCCAGUGAAGAGGAUCUCACUGGUUUGCUCAUGCACAAGCUGAGCCCCACACAAGUCUCGGUCAUUAAUGGUGUGGAUAUCGUUUGCGAUGGGUUUGAUAAUGUUCAAGUGGUGGAUGCUACCAUCAGUCCAACAGCGGGGGGAACUUCCGGAGCUACAAUGAUCGAAACAAUGGUUGAAACAAUGAUUGAAACAGCCGAACCCACAUAUCCCGAUGAGAUGUAAACGGAGCUUUAUGCUGUCUUUCGAGGGACCGGGAGACGAUGCUAACAAUAUACAAUCUACGACAUCAUUGAGUGAUUGACCAGGAUCACAUGUUACUUGUCUUUGUAACAGUAUAUUAUGCUUGAAAACUCUUGUACAGAGCUACAGUACGACUUGAAGCCUCUAUCGGUACCAUGGCUGUUUACGGA